AUGGCUUGUUUACCGAAUAAAGACAAUGCGGGGUAAGUCAAAUGCACACGCCGGCUAGUUUUUCAUUUAUAUCACUGUUAUAUCUUCCGAACUGUUUGAUUUUAUAAUGCCUGUCUUUAGGGCUUGUGCGGACCCAAUGAUAGGCAAGGCGCCGUGAGUUUUAUAAACGACUAUAGCCGUUCUCCACGUAUUUUUAUUUUCUUCGCCAGUUGCUUAGUCUUACUUACGAGAAUCAUCCAAAUCUUUCGGAGUGGAUGAUGAUAAAUAUGCCUCAUAACAACUGCUAGUGUCCUGAUAGCGAUGGGCGAUCGCCCAGGGCUAGUCCGGUCUCCCGUCGCGGGCUAAUGUUUAGAUUGACUGGAUUUUUUCAACAAUCCCAGCGGACACUGUCCACACGGGGACAGUAGGUUGAUGCGCCUUCUCGGGUGAGUUGGGGGCGUUGUAGCCCGAGGCGGUUUAAUUCGUCAGGCAGGGGCCCAAAUUCUGGACAAAUUGCGUGCAAGGACCCAUAAUGUGUGCGCACGCACAAAGGGGCCCUUGAGGCGUGACGUGUGAAAAGCACUUGGGUGAGCAUUGACGAGGGGGUGUAGCAGAAAAGCUCCUUUCCUCGCAGAGAUCGAGCUUUGUCAGCCAGUCAGUUUACUAGUCCUGCACUAGCCCGCUGGUCAAACGAGCCAGAAAAUGUCUAGCCCUUGGCGAAUAAAUGCUAUCAGGGUGGCGUUUCGUAUUUCCAUAUUGACCUCACCCCAUAAUAUGUCACCCAGAUUCGCCUAAUAGCGCGUUAGUCGCCAGCGGUUGAUGCAACAGCUUUUAACCAAGAUUCGUUUUAUGAAAUACAGACACUGAAACUAACGAACAUGCAGUCCUGAACCAUUAGGCGACACAGCUUACCGGAAGCAGAGUUUCAUUAUAUGUAUUUCAUAGAACGAAUCUUGGCUAAAAGCUAUUGCAUCAACCGCUGGCGACUAACGCUCUAUAAGGCGAAUCUGAGCGACAUAUUAUGGGAUGAGGUCAAUAUGGGAAUACAGGAUCUAGUCCUAUCACAGCCACUGCGUAAAGCCCGUUAUGGUCCUGUAACUUGUUGACCAUGAACCACUAUUACAUCAUUCGUCGCUUUCUUCCUCUACAGCCUCGGAGUCGCAACAUAUUUCUUAAUUCCACUAUUAAAAUUGUUCUAUGUGGAGUGGUAGUGCGACGUCCAUUUCAGUUGAGGCGAUGGAGCCCCCAGAAGGUAUUUGGUCGGCACAUACGCCAGGCAGGUCCUUUAGAAAAAGAGGGACGUCGAAUCGUUAACCAUACUGUGAAAUCUUGCGAGCUGAGUAAUUUUGCCUGAAUAUGAAUUGUCGUUUGAAAAUAAACCGUGUAAUGGGAAACCGUUGCACGAAUGGCAAGAAUUUUGUCAAUUUGGCGCCAUGAAACUGCUGGGUUUCACGAAUACCUGUUCUUGAUAUUUCAGUAGAUAUCUAGUUGCUUGGUAAUGAAAAGAGAACCAUACGAGAAGCCAGAUCGCCUAUAUUCUUCACCGAUCACACUGGGCCAGCGCGGUCCCACACUCUUCGUUGAUGCAGACCGCCGAAUCCGAUUGUGGAAAUAGCCCUGCCCAUUCUCGACUGUGACUGAGACCACGCGCUGCCUAAAGGGUUUUAUCUACAAAAAAUGUAUGCCACUACGGCUUCCGUCUUAUUGCCUCGAACAUGUCCGUUGCGCUGCUACAGAUGGUGGGCAUCUCUGAGGUAUCGACAGUGGAAGCCAAUUUUCGCGAAGCAAAUCACACUUGAUAGAAAUCACUCAGCCGAGACUACUUUAUAUCUGGCUAAACAGUCGUCCGGCUGACAGUACAAAGACCCGCGACCUCGACUGACCCUAACAUCAGCUGUUUGUAUCGUUAAUACGGGCGCUCUACGCCGUACGCAUAUAGUAUUUCCACAGUAAGACGGUCUGACAAUUGGAAUUGUGCCCAAACUUAUAAUGAUACUAGGCUAUACCAUCUUUUGAUGAUGAGGCUUUUAAGUUGUCCGCCUGUCUCAACGAUCGAUGUAAAUCAAAGUACAAUAUUAGCUUCACGGCAUGAUACAUGUCUGCGGAAAAAUCAGCAUUAGAGCCCAACCUUCCCUGUCCCGUAAUUUGAAGAUGCUGAGACACUGGAGUGCAUCUGCGACUGAAGCCCGCAGUUUCCCAGGGCACCCCUAGUGGGUAGGUGGAAGGGAAGGAUGAUGUGAUCUGAGAACAUCCACUUCCCGCAGCCUGCGAACACACGAUUCUUCAACUCCUCAAAGGUCACCCUUUUUACUUUGGCCCUUUGGCGUUCUGGAACAUUCUGGCAUAUGGCGGGCCAAUCAUGGAGAGCUUUAUUAGCAUCCUUGCCCAUGGCUUGUCGUCGUUGAUCGGCGGAGGAACCUCCAAUGUCUGACCGGCCGUUGAGUGGGCCACACGCGUGCGCAUAGGUAUCACACGUACUCGGUCCUGCCGUACGCGCUGUUUGACUGUCUAGUUUUACGCGUGUAUCUCGCUGCCGGCCUGGGCCGGUGUUGCGUACGUUUGCAAGUGUCCCUUUCACCUUAGACCGUGAAUCCACACCGCUUACGCUCCCUAUGACACCCCUGAUUCGACAACGCAAUCCAAGAACAACAAAGCUCUUGGCGAGAGCUGCCUUACGGUUAAAAUAUACUAGUUUUUCGGUAAUAUUAUAUGGUCUACUUCACCUGACACAAUAUACCUCUAAGUGCAGGUGAAAAGUAGACAGUAGUGUGACUUUUGAUCACGAAUGUUUGCUGGAGUUCCUACAUCGGUAUUGCUUGUGUUCGAUCGUGCUGCGUCAUGGCCUACUGCGAUGGAUUCCCCCAUUGAGCAGGACGAGUACAGUAUAUGUCAAUGACGGGGAGUCUCUUCUCUAAUCUGUGUUCUUUCACCCAUUAUUUUUACCUAACUGAUAGACUGGGCUCCUCCGCAUGCGAUCGCAGACCACUCGGGUGUUUCAUUAGCUGCUGUCCGUGUAUAACGGAUCUUUCUGCCCCAAUGAAGUUGUUGAUAAACUCCUUUGCAGGAAUGCAGCACGCCAUCUCCAUAACAGAUUCGAAGAAAACCGAAGUUGGUGUGGUGGCAAACUUUUUAAUUACAAAGUUGAUGGCGCUUUGUUCCGAAUUUGGAGAUAUCUUUCCAACCACGGUAGACAGUGAAGGUCUCUAGCUAGUGCAAACUUUGUGUUAACUUUGAUGAGAUUUUCUUUCAAAAGUGCAAGGCAAAGAUGGAAUCAACCACCAUGUCAAUUAUUUAUGCGUAACCUUUAACCCUUUCGAAACCCAUAAGGUCAAGCUGACCAAACCAGGCAUUAUGGAUGUCACAUAGGUACUAACUUUCCAUUCCAAUCGCCCAACGCUUUCAGUUAGGCUUGUCGGACCAAAGAACUUACUGGGCUACUAGGCUUCUGUUCAAUUGUCUGUGAUGACUGCACUGCACGCUGUCCAUACUUGACCAAUGACAUUAUGAGCUGUGCUCUUAAGAGACGGACAUGCAAGUUCACGAAUGCGAAAUCAGAACUGUUAGGCGCUACUUACUAACCCCCAAGCCAAUGAUGUUUCCAGUGCACUGUACUCCGCCGUGACGCUUAAGACUUCUCACUUGUCUUGUGCGUGCACUACAAGCUCCGCCUUUAAUGGGCCUCCUGUUUUGCAUGCACAACACCGGCGAUACAAAUUAACAAGCCGGGCUCCAUUGUUUUACGUCGUUGCGCUUCCGGAUCAAUCUUGGAGAAUUGGAGCAAAUGUACUUCGACGUUCUUAAGUUGCAAGUGGAUACCGGCAUCCAAGCCUAUUCAAUUAAGUGGAAUCAGCGCGGGUCGGAAUAGACGUCUUUCUGUGCCAUUGUGGCCUUUCUUAAAUGCACCAGGAGCCUAUUCAAAACAUCGGUGAUCUUAUGACAAAGUCGACUCACCUUUCUGUGAAGCACACAGUGGACAUCGUCGGCAACGACGGUCGAACUAUCAAAUACAAGAAGACAAUCAGCCGCCUUUUCAAGAAGUUGGCUUUAUCGAGCAAAUAUGCUUUUUUCCAAAGGACGGACGAACACCAUCACUCAUUCCACUUACCCAACUUAGCGGGGAAAAGCGAGGUACUACAAAUGUUCCCAACCGAAACGUUGUCCUAGCCUCCUACAUCACCACACUUCUAGUUGAAGUCAUCCCGUGAAGUUUGAAAUCGACACUGGCUCAGCUUUUACCCUCACCGACAAAACCUUUUUUCAACAACGUCCUCUCUCCUUCUAGCGCAAGCGGUUUUCAUAGUGGAAAACUACCGAUUGUUGGUUUUUGUGUUCAGAAUAAACCAACAACCACAUUUGCUGGAACGGAACUAGAUCAUUAUGUACCUUCUGUGUUAUCCCAUAUAAAUGAGAUCAGUGCUAACCCUGCUCCAGAUUCCUUGUUAGCCAGUCAUAAAGAAGUGUGUCAUGACUAUCCCGCCACAAACUACCACAACCUAUAUGUGAAUUCCGAAUUUAAACCACAUUUUCAGACCCGGUUCCUUAACGCCCGUUGAGUCCCUUAUGCAAUUACAUCGAAAAUUUAGAAUGAAUUACAUCUGCGUAAAGCAAGCGCCGUUAAACCAAUGCAACUAUCGACACAAGUAGCCCCACUAAUUCCUGUUCACAAAUCGGACGGCUCCGUGUGCACCUGCGGCCACUGAAAUUUGAUGUUAAAUUCAAGAACCAAAACGAACCAUUAUAUUUCCUCGCGCAUCAAUGAUCCGUAUGCAUCUCUCUCCAGUAGUCGAAAAUUUGUAAGUAACCCUAACCAAACCUCAAAGCAAGUCUUCCUAGAUCUGGACUGCCGAGACGCCACCGGGAUUUAUUUCGAUUCAGGGAGCUACCGUUUGGACUAAAUUAUUUAAACUGUAUUUCAGUACCCGGUCGAUAAACUAGCGAAUAACAUCUCAAAUUUGCGCCUAUACUGGUGAUAAUUAGUAGUCGGCCUAUUUGACCGCUGUCAUCUAUAGACUCUAAACAUUGUUGUCAAAUUUAGGAUAGACUGGCUUCAAACUCAAGGAAAAUAAGCACGCGUCUUGCGUAACCGGCGGAGUACCUAAGCUUUAAGGAGUCUGCCCUGAAAAGGACACUGGCUUUUAGCGGUCGUGGUUGAUGACGUUCGAUCUUUUGGUCGAUUAACUGAUCAGCUGGCUACCAUUUCGAAACCCCUUUAUCACCACUUGGAAAGAAUCAUCGCUGGCACUGUUCGGAGGUCCAGGGAAAUACUCUUGAACAGACAGAAACGGCUCCAAGUUCAUACCUAUCCUGCUUCACUACGACUUUGAAUUGCCUCUCGCUGAAAUGGGGUGUUGCAUGUACGGCGUGGGUUAGGUUCUCGUUGUUGUAGCUAGGACCGUAGCAAGCACACGGGGUGGAGAGGACGAACAAAUACGGCUGCAAGUGUCAGAACGAGAAUACCCUAUAACAGGGCUUUCUUCAUCUUACAACUGACGUACUGGGACUAAAACGGAAAUAGAAAAGUAGUAGAUACGAUGGAAUUUAGCCAGGGGCUUAUGUUAGCAUGACACCCGUACACUGAGUGUCUUCUGAUUCAUAUAUACGGAUUACCUUUGCAUCUGGACCAUUUCGGGGCUGGAAUCAAAUAUCCCGAACUAUAUAACAGGAAUUCGGCUGUAACUUUGGCACACAACUCUUAAAUUUUCAUCUUUUUGUCCAACAGUUUGGGAUUCAUACCGUUCACAAACUUCAAUUCGGUUUGAUAGCUGAACAUUAGAGAUGCAAAAAUGUCCUUGCUGAGAAUCCAGAGGCGGGCACUCACUCUUUCCUCUUACGCCUACACAGCGAACCACGUUGCGCACGUGCGGGCAUUGUGACUGACUACUUGAGUAGGUACCCCGUUGUAGACAAUGCCAUUAACUGUGCAACUGAUCUUGAGGCCCUUAGGCUUCCACAGAACUUGGUCAACGCGACUGUAACCUGCCGUCAAAUAGGACGGUAGACUUUGGAAGACCCUCUUUUAACUCGAGUAAAAAAAGCUCUGCGAUCCUGCUGGCUGUUCUUUGUCUAUAAGUCGGUUGCAUACCAUGGUACAGUCGUGUAGUUCUGCCACCGCAUUGCUGAAAUGCAUUUCUCAAAGGCCUACAUAAUGCUCGUUCUGGUACAAUUAGCGUGAUAACUCUUGCCAUUGCCUACACUUGGUGUUUCAGGGUUGACGCUUAUUAUGUGCAAAUAGUGGAAGCCAAAAACACCGGUGGGUUUAUCUAAGGUGCGCUAGAAGCCUUAGGUCAUCCCUGACUUGCUGUGGAAGAAGGUUCACACGGAUUAUUUCGAGCCAAUCCAGGGCCGGAUAGUUUUUGUUGUGGUAGAUGUCCACAACAAAUGGAUCCAGGCGAUUCCUGCUAGAGUACACCGUCCUUCAUCGCAAACAAGAGGCUACGCUCCAUGUCUCCUACUUCAGAAAUAUCAGAAAUAUUUUGUUCCUGACAGUGGUCCGGGCUUCACUAGCACAGAGUUAGGAGAGUUUGUUGAGAAAAGCAGAAUUAGAUAUCCGUACACCGCAUUGUGCCAUCUAGCUCUAUAUAGGCCGGCAAAACGUGUCGUUCGGAUAACAGCACGGUUUGGUGGAACAGGCACAAGCGGAUUUGCCCAACAGGCGGCUUAGUUACCGCGCGACACAAAGUGACUCAAAUGGUUAACCACCCGCUCUUCAAGCGGCAGUAAUGCACACGGCUUGAUCUGCUUGACGCCUAAACGUAUGCUAUAGUUGCCGAAAAACGGACAACCAUAAGGGCGCGGUAUGACCUGCGCGCCAGACCUCGAACACAUGUUCCUGACGGAAAUUCCUAUACGUGAUUGACACGUAAAAUAUACUGGUGUCCAGUGGUAGUUCAAAGAUCAAGGGACGGAUAGUAAGACUAGCACUAGGGGGUGGAAGGGUCACACGUCGACAUGUGGAUCGUCGGCAGCCGCGCGCACACAGAAAGUGCGAAAUCCGAAAACACCGAACUGACAACCAUUCCUGACUUUUAUUUCGGCGUUUCGAUGACGGAAAACGUAUCGCCCACAAAUAACAACACUCAACUGGCCGAGCUGUAUGUCGCCCAUGCUGUCACCCUCCUGUCGGCAUCAACUCAGGAGUAGAAGGACAACCACCACUUCAAAGCGGCACAGAAGUAGAAAGUCCCACCCUGAGACGGUCGAUCCAAGUCCCACUGAAACGUUUGUUAGCUGUCCACUGUACUUUUCGCUCUUUCCUCCUGUCACCUGAUACUGCCCACGUCAGGGUUGAGAGCUGAUUUGUAUGCAAUCCAUACUGAAUCCUUGACACCUUGUGUCACGCCAGUGGCAGACGAGCGUUCGAAGUGGCGAACAUGUGACUAGCACCCGUAGCCUCCGUUUGACUAUCCUCUUGCCCUUGGCGUUUACCUUCUCAUGUACCUCGCCGUGACGCCGUUUUUUUGUUGUCUUUUAUGCCCAAUACACAUUCUGCCUCCAACCAGCCUUCAUUUUUGUACUUAUACCAGGAAACAUCGCCCAAACUGUUGUAGACUUUACAGGUGUUUAACGCUAUUCGAAUUUGCUGUAUUCUAGAAGCAACAUUUCGAGCCUACGCAUCCGCGUAGAUUUCGACCUGGCAUGGCCAUGAGAGACACUGCCGCUCUAGCUGUAAUUAAACGUCCUUGGCGUAGCCAACGACUUCAUUUGGACUUGAACGUUUCGAACACUUCUAGGUGUGAACUUGAGCAGCUGCUGCGACUGCUCUUAUAUCGUUUUUGCCCUUUGUAAAGUAAACCCUUUUCUUAUUUAGAAAUCCGGUUUUGGAUCCUUUGAGUCGUAUGAAACUCCUCGACCAGCGGAUAAUUGUUGACUUCUCCGACAGUGUUCAGCUACUCUCCUACUUCCGUAUGUGUCGUUCCAUGCUCAAUAUGGCCUGUCAGUACGAGCAAGAGGGCAGCUUGGACAAGGCUUACGUUCUACAGAAAAGAUUUAUCGUCCUCUUUCUUGACUAUCUCAGUAAGCGGCCCGAUUUCCGCGACCUCGACGCAACUGUUCGCAAGGGAUGGUCUAGCGAGUGCAAGGAUGUACUUAGUCGUGUGGAAGUCUUGCAUGAGAAGCUAAUGGCGAAGUAUGAAUCUGAGGCAAGGCUGGCUGCCGAAGCUGCGCGUCAUGCUUCGGAGACUAAGUCGGCUGACCAACCGCCGGCGAAGGAUAAGCUUGCCAAUGGAUCCUCCGUCCCGUCGACCACCAAUGUCCCGCGACCUCCCGAGGACAAGCCCGACAACCAGGUUGCACCCAUCCUCCCUCACCCCAUCGAGAAACCGCUAAAACCAUCCAACGCAUCUAGUUCGACUAAGUGGUCUCCUGUUCUCCUCCCCAGUUCCUUGCCCAGCGUCUUUCUGAAGAUUGCUGAGCCCAACACACGUCGCGAUAACGAGACCUGCGGUACUCUGUGUGGACGUAUCAGCAGCGAGGGUUAUGUCAUCACGCACCUUGUGAUACCGAAACAGUCAAGCACCCGGGACUCCUGUACCACAUACGGCGAGGAGGAUCUCCUUGCCUUCAUGGACGCCCACUCUCUAAUUGCCUUCGGUUGGAUCCACACUCAUCCUACCCAAACAGUUUUCAUGUCCUCUCUGGAUCUACACUGCCAACUCUCGUACCAGCUCAUGCUGCCCGAGGCCAUUGCCAUCGUUUGCUCCCCCAAGCACGACGACGUACAAUAUUUUUCGCUAACUCCUGAUUACGGAGUGAAGUUCUUGUUAGACUGCAAACUUCAGGGCUUUCAUAAGCAUUCCAACAUAAAAGACCUCUACUGUAAAAGCCCACAUGUCCAACUGACGGACCAACCGGUUGCUGUGAAAGAUCUGAGAUUGUGA